AAAGCAAGCCUUUCUGGUGGCACUCCACGCAGCCUCCUGAAGCACAGUGCACCCAGCUGUGGGCAAGGACCCAGACACCCUGGUGCUGAGUUGAGAGGCUGAAGUCCAGAAGAGCUAAAGAAGGACAAAUAAAGCCAUGAUAUUUCCAUGGAAAUGUCAGAGCUUUCAGAGGGGCUCAUGGAAUAUCUUCAAGUUGUGGGUCUGGACAGUGCUAUGUUGUGAUUUCCUUGCACGUCAUGGAACCAACAGCUGGAUUUACCACUAUUCUGAAAAAUCCAUGAACUGGGGGAGGGCUAGAAGGUACUGCCAAGAAAAUUACACAGAUUUAGUUGCCAUACAAAACAAGAGGGAAAUUGAGUACCUGGAGAGGACACUUCCCUUCAGCCACACUUACUACUGGAUAGGAAUCCGGAAAGUAGGGGGAAUAUGGACUUGGGUGGGAAACAACAAGUCUCUUACCAAAGAAGCGGAGAACUGGGGAGAUGGAGAGCCUAACAACAAGAAGUCCAAAGAGGACUGUGUGGAGAUCUACAUCAAGAGGACCAAAGAUGCAGGAAAGUGGAAUGAUGACUCCUGCUACAAACAAAAGAGAGCCCUCUGUUACACAGCUUCUUGUCAGCCCUGGUCAUGUGGCAGCCAUGGAGAAUGUGUGGAAACCAUCAAUAAUUACACGUGCAACUGUGAUGUGGGCUACUACGGGCCCCAGUGCCAAUUUGUGAUUCAGUGUGAGCCUUUGGAAGUCCCUGAUUUGGGGAGCAUGGACUGUAGUCACCCCUUAGGGAACUUCAGCUUUAUUUCCACAUGCACCUUCAACUGCUCUGAGGGAACAGACCUCAUUGGGAUUGAGGAAACCACUUGUGGACCUUUUGGAACCUGGUCAUCUCAAGAACCAACCUGUGAAAAAGUGAACAGGAGUUUCUCAACGAUCAAGAACGGCGACUAUAACCCUGUCUUCAUUCCAGUGGCAGUCAUGGUUACUGCUUUUGCUGGGCUGGCAUUUAUUAUUUGGCUGGCGAGAAGAUUAAAGAAAGGUAAACAGUCCCAGAAAAGCAAAAAUGAUCCAUAUUAAAGCAGUCUCUGUGAAAAAAAAUUAUUGGGAUACUAAAGUGUCACUGGAUCCUUCAAAUCCCUCCCUGAAAAGUAUCACAUGGUGGUGUCUCCUAUAUUGAAGAUGGAGUGCUUCUCUUUCUGUGCAUCUGGAAAGAUUUCUACAGGAUCAGCAGCUGUUUCUGCUCCCUACGUGCCCCUCACCCACCCCUGCACCCCUGCCUACAGUUGUGCUUUAUAUUGCUUGUGUUUAUUCUCUUUUUCAUGGACCAUGAGGGGAGAAGAUGGCUUUGGAAUAUAAAGAUGUCCGAUUUUGCUCUCUAUCUUGACUCCACUUCCAGUUCCAACUCAGUGCUGUACCUGAUGACCUUCUGUACCUGAUGACCUUAAAUACAGUGGAAACUUGAUA